AUGGGUCUUGGUCAGAGCGUUGAAGACUUGUACUUCCAACAGAAGGUAAAACUGGGACAGGGAGGCUUUGGAUCAGUAUGGCGAGCCAUAGAUCGAAAGACCAACCUGUUUGUCGCUGUGAAGGAGAUCGACAAAAUGAAAGCAUACUGGCAGGGUGCAAAGAGGUCAGAGAUUCAAAUGGAGAUAAGCAUCCUGCGAGCUUGUGACCAUGUGAACAUCACCCACCUUUACAACUACUUCGAGGACAGCGCCUUCAUUUCAAUUGUCCUCGAGUACUGUGAUGGAGGAGACCUCGAUGACAAACUGAAAGAACGAGGAUGGAAGGUGCCUGAAGAACAAGCCUCUCGAUGGAUGCACCAGAUUUGUUCUGCGAUUCGCCACCUGCACGAGAGAGAUAUCUGUCACCGGGAUAUCAAACCUGGUAACUUCAUGCUGUCCGCCAGCAUCUUGAAGCUCUCCGACUUUGGCUUCGCACGAUUUCUGCCGAAGGGCCAAACGUGCUCCGAAAACAUCGGGACACCGGCUUUCAUGGCACCUGAACAGCACCGCUUGAAGAGUGGCAGCAGUAAUGGUUAUGGUCACCCAGUAGACAUUUGGGCAGCUGGUUGCACUCUGCAUAUGCUCAUCUCUGGGGGUCGCCACCCAUUUGUGAACAACCGGAAACUGGACAUGCCCAGCCUGCUGGAUGGCAACUUAGAUUUUGGCCUGACCAUGUUCGGGGACUUGAUGGGGUCUGAAACCUUGGCGCGCAGCCUGUGUCGCCGCAUGGUGUGCCCGGCAGUACAGUCUCGCUUAACCAUCGAGGAGACGUUGAUGGAUCCAUGGCUUCAGAUCCACGGAUCGCAGGUGGAUGCUUUGCCACAGGACGUUGUACUACAUGGUAAUGCAGCCCAGCGCUAUCAGCAGCUGCAACAGCAGUUGCUGCUCGCGGAAAAGCAGCUAAAGGAGGCAGAAGAAAGGGAGCUUACCUUGAAAAGUAAGUUGCAAAAGCAGGACGAUUCGGUGGUCCUGAUAUCCAUUCCCAUCACUAUGCCCGAGUGCAUCAAGCGAUGCACUUCCUGUUCGCUAGCACGCAGCUCUGAAAGGUUAGAGCGCGUGACAUGCCAUUGA